AGAUGGUAUUGGGGCUCAUUAUAGAGUGACGUCGACAUGGCUCGGGUACGUGAAGUUGGUUACGUAAUACAAGUCUACGUAGAGACUGGAGAGAAGUUGAUGGCAUGUCGUUUCAGGGUUAGACGUUGGUCCCUCAUGGAUUGGGCCCAUUAUUACGAACUUGGAACUGCUUUUGCUUUUAAAAGGAGAAGAAUCAGCUCUUCCCCGCCACUGCAUACUGUACCAUUCAAACAGAGAAAGAGAAAAGCAGGGCAAUAGAAGCUAUGGGUCACCAUUCAUGCUGCAACCAACAGAAGGUUAAGAGGGGGCUUUGGUCUCCUGAAGAAGAUGAAAAUCUCAUUCAGUACAUAAAUGCCCAUGGCUAUGGAUGCUGGAGUGAAGUUCCUGAGAAAGCAGGGCUUCAAAGAUGUGGUAAAAGCUGUCGCUUGAGAUGGAUCAAUUACCUGAGGCCCGACAUCAAACGAGGAAGAUUUACACCGGAGGAGGAGAAGCUGAUCAUCAGCCUUCACGGUCUUGUGGGGAACAGGUGGGCUCACAUAGCAAGCCACUUGCCUGGGAGAACGGACAAUGAAAUAAAGAAUUACUGGAAUUCGUGGAUUAAGAAGAAGAUACGGAAGCCUUCAGCAACCCCAGCAAUGGUUCCAUCCAAUGUUAAGUUUGUCCAAUCGGGUUAUACAUGGAAUCAACUAGACACAGUCAAUCAAGAUUUGGCUACAAUAAAAGCACCGAUUGAAGAAAGAGUGUUUUCUUCUUCUUGCCCCCUUUUCAUGUUUGACACUGGUACAGUCGAUGGGCUCGGCAGUGGCAACGCCCGAGCUGAUAUUUUCCAUGAAGCUACAGGCCUAAAUUCUGAUUCUUGGCACCUAAACCUUCAUGGAGUUGAAGCAUUUCUUCCUCCACCCGCUGCAUCAUUUACAAGUGGUACACAGUCGAAUUGUUUGCCACCAUUGACGGAGAGUAUAGAAAGUAUGGUGCCCAUGGAGGUCCAAGAAUGUAGUAUGAAUGUUGAUGGAGAGAUCAACUUCGAAUGCUUACAGAGGCAGAAUUUCAGUGAGAUACAACAGCAGGAAUUGAGCGGAUGGAUCGACCCCCAUCAGUGCCCAGGCUUUCUGAUUUGGGAUGAUCACGUUGAAGCACAGAUUUCUGGUGAAGGAAUUAAACCAACUUCAUCUAGUAUGGGAGCUAUGAUAUCUUCCUACCUUCAAUCAUUAUAAGGCGUAUAUGUUAGUGGUGGUGAUCUCUCUUUCUCUGUGGAGGGGGGAGAUUUCAAAUGAGUGGUGAUUAUUUUAAAGAGUUCGUAUCCCUCACUAAAUUUCUUUUUUUCCCCUUCUUUCUUGGUUAGUAUUUUGAUAGAAACAUGAGUGAAGAAUGUAGACAAAGCAUGCCCACAUUUAUGUUUCAGGGUUUUGGGAACAAAAGGAAAGGAAUAAAAGUGAGUCAACAAACAAGAAGCCAGAAAUAAUUGGUGCUUGAUGCUGAUGAAAUACCUUGUUGAGACAUUCGUACUUGAUGCUAUGACAAGCGAAAAAACGGUGUUUUAUUUGAGGAAGGAUUAGGUGAACGCGGGCUACAUGGGACCCGCACCUUUGAUAAUGGGGCCAAUGAAUUUAUUACUGGCGUGGAAUAUUAUCAUACACUCUACACAACAGCCUUCGUCUUUUGUUUACCAAAAAAACAGCCAUGGCCUUCAGCUAAUCGGAAUUCUGUUCACAUAGUAUAAGGAGGCCCAAGUAGCUGGGUACUAAAUCACUGAUCAUAACCGUUAGAUUAAAUUCCCUCACUUAUAAGGGAUACUAAGAGCCAUGUAAGAGAUACAGGCCACCAUGAUCUAGAAAUUUAAGGUUUAGUGAGAGAUGAAAUUCGCACCUCAGAGUCCAUAAGCUAUCACACUGCCAAGGUGUGAGAAAUCAAUAACCUUCCUUAGCAAAAUUAAAGAGUAUUGCAGAUAACCACAUAUUCAGUUCCAGAUCUAACUUGGAUACCAGUUUCAAAUCUAACUUGGAUAAGGAUACUAAGAGAUAGCCAUCUCUUGUAUUUUGAGAUUAACAUGAUCUCUCUAGUUGUACUCUACUCUUACUAAUCUUAUUUGUAUGAAACCUAUGUAAACCAGACUCUUAUGGAUUCUAUAAAUACAACUUCGGUGAACCAAACCACUGAA